UUAAUCUGUUGUCUUUGGUGUGAAGCAGAAACUGUGACCGAAUUCACGAGAUUGAAAUUUUUGCCUAAACUUUGGUUAUUUUUCAGUGAAGUCUUUUAACUGUAUAAAAACACUGAUUAGUACUCCUAAAAAUGGUUUCACUCAACCCCAUCAGAAUUUUGAAGAAUGAGGCCGAAGAAGAAAAGGCCGAGAUAGCUCGAAUGUCCAGUUUCAUUGGAGCUAUUGCUAUCGGUGAUCUUGUGAAAAGCACUCUUGGGCCGAAAGGCAUGGACAAAAUAUUAGUUUCUAUGGGCAGAAAUUCUGGACAGGUUGAAGUCACAAAUGAUGGUGCUACUAUUCUUAAAUCAAUUGGCAUUGACAACCCAGCUGCCAAGAUCCUGGUAGAUAUGUCUAAGGUCCAGGAUGAAGAAGUUGGUGAUGGUACAACAUCAGUUACAGUCUUGGCUGCUGAGUUGCUCAGAGAGGCAGAGAAGUUAAUUGAGCAAAAGCUCCACCCCCAGACCAUAAUAGCAGGGUGGAGAAUAUCUGUGGAAGCUGCCAAACAGGCUCUCGCCGAAGCCAGCUUUGAUCACCAGAAGAACAUGAACGAAGCUGCCUUGAGGACUGACUUGGAGAACAUUGCUCGUACCACAUUGAGUUCUAAAAUUCUGUCAAACCACAAAGAACAUUUCACCAAGUUAGCUGUAGAUGCAGUACUCCGAUUAAAAGGCUCAGGAAACCUUAAAGCUAUCCAAAUAAUCAAAAUUUCUGGUGGACUCUUAGAAGAAUCAUUCUUGGAUGAAGGAUUUCUUCUCAACAAAAAGGUUGGAGUCCAUCAACCCAAGAGACUGGAAAAUGCGAAUAUUCUGAUAGCCAAUACUCCCAUGGACACUGACAAGAUUAAAGUGUUUGGCUCAACAAUCAAAGUGGAUUCUAUGGCUAAGAUUGCAGAGCUCGAAGUGGCUGAAAAAGAAAAGAUGAAGGACAAGGUUAACAAAAUCCUCGCACACAAAUGCAAUGUUUUUAUCAAUAGGCAGCUUAUCUACAACUACCCCGAGCAGUUAUUCGCGGACGCCGGUGUCAUGGCCAUUGAACACGCCGAUUUUGAUGGAAUCGAACGUCUAGCGCUGGUAACAGGUGGCGAAAUCGUAUCCACAUUCGAUUCUCCUGAUAAAGUAAAACUUGGACAUUGCAAACUCAUUGAACAAGUACUAAUUGGUGAUGAAUGCCUGAUCCGGUUCUCGGGCGUGGAGUUGGGCUCGGCGUGCACCAUCGUCAUCCGCGGCGCCACGCAGCAGGUCAUCGACGAGGCGGAGCGCUCCCUGCACGACGCGCUGUGCGUGCUCGCCGCUACUGUGAAGGAGCCCAAGGUCAUCUUUGGUGGUGGUGCGAGUGAGAUGUUGAUGGCGGAAGCAGUGUCCAAAGUGGCAGCGCGAACUGCCGGCAAGGAAGCCCUUGCGGCAGAGGCGUUCGCCGUGGCGCUGCGCAGGCUGCCCUCCGCGGUCGCCGACAACGCGGGCUACGACAGUGCAGAGCUCAUCGCCAGGCUGCGGGCGCAUCACGCACAGGGGGAGAACACUAUGGGACUCGACAUGGACAACGGGCGCGUGGGGGACAUGAAGACCCUCGGCAUCACAGAGUCUUACGUUGUGAAGCGUCAAGUGUUGUUGUCUGCUGCGGAGGCCGCGGAAAUGAUCCUGCGCGUUGACAACAUACUGAAGGCGGCGCCGCGUAAACGCGGGCCCGACCGUCGCCCUUGCUAAUUGUUUACUAAAAAAUAUGCAUUAAGGGCCACAAGCCUCCACAUACACCAUACUUUUAGCAUCUUUAAUGCUUAAACUACCGUGAGUGAUUUCCAUUAAGUAUAAUAAGUAUAUAAGUCGGUAGCGAGCAGAGUCCCUAUGAAAAAAACCCCGGAUGGGUUCACAGUUGAAGCAGCCUCUAAAGCGCGAGAUUUUGAUAUAGUGAUCAGUCGCAGUGAUUCUAAAAAAAAACCUGCUGAUCGUCGAUGCUAAAAGUAUCGUGUAUGAUAGAUAUGCUAUAAAAACUGUCUCAAACAAUUUUUUUAAAAGUGUGAAAAAAUCUUAGAAAAAAUAGUCAAUUUGACAACUGAACACAGUGUAUCUAAAACGAUAGUAAGUCGAUUGUAGAUACUUUUAUCUUUAAUCUGUGAGCCAAAUCCAACAUGUCUCUGAUGCUAUGCUGGAUAAGGUAUUAUUACUACAUACAAUAAUUAUGUGAAAACUGAUGUUUUUUUACAAUGAUUGUAAUAUCACUGCAUGGAUUUUUGCAUAGGCAUUUAAUUUUUUGCUCUGUAUGUGUGUUUUGAAAGAAAACAUUUCUUUUUAAUUAUAAAAAUGUAAUGUUCAACCUGAUGUAUGCGCGUGGCAAUUUUUUACACAUUUUACACACUUUUAUUAUAAUUGUAUCUUAUUUUGCUUCAUUAAUUAUUAUACGGUUUGCAUUGACACUCUUAUUUUUACUAUAGUGUAAUGAAAUUGAAGUAGUAUGUUGCUUGCUGCUGCGUUAUAAAUUUCAUACAAAGUUAAACGUUAUUACAACAAUGGAAAUAUUAUGUUAAUUUAGUAUUGCUAGCAGGAUUAUCACACAGAAGUAUGUUUAAUGUAUUUUAGUUUAGCUAGGUCGAAGAUGCCUUAAUUUUAAAAUGUAUUAACAAAUUUAAUAAAUUUCAAAUAAUUUACUA